AUCUGGGAACAGUCCCACCAGAGAGCGACACGCUGCCCGGUACAUGCGUCUUCCAGCACGGCUCACAAACAUGGGACGGCCGCCGUGCGCCUCAUUGUUGCUUCUCAUCUGCUGCCUUGUUCAGACGAAUGCAUUGACAACAUGUGGAAGCAAGCAGUUCCAGUGUGGGAACGGCAAAUGCAUCACAGUCAGAUGGGUGUGUGAUGGCACAGAUGACUGCGGCGACGGCACAGAUGAACUUCCUGGUACCUGCCUGGCCAGAACGUGUAGACCGACAGAGUUCAGCUGCAGGGAUCGCCUUCACCAGUGUGUACCGAGCACCUGGCGCUGUGAUGGAAAAGGUGACUGUGAGAAUGGAGCUGAUGAAGAGAGCUGUGCCCCAAAGCAGUGCACAAACACAGAGUUUCGCUGCACGAACGGCCAGUGUGUGUCGUCCUCCUUCGUGUGCGAUGACGAGGCAGACUGUGACGACGGCAGUGACGAGGCCUCCUGCCCGCCGGUUACCUGCACCUCUGCGUCCUUCCAGUGCAACAACACUGUGUGCGUCCCGCGGCUGUGGGCCUGCGACGGUGAUGCCGACUGCCCCGACGGCUCGGACGAGUGGCCCCAGAACUGUGGUACACAGAGGCCCGCCACUGCUUUCGCUCAUCAGUGCUCAUCCCUGGAGUUCCGCUGCGGCAGCGGAGAGUGCAUCCAUGGAAGCUGGAAGUGUGACGGGGGAGCCGACUGUCUCGAUCGGUCAGACGAAGCCAACUGUGCACAUGUCACCUGCCGCCCUGAUGAGUUCGAAUGCGGUGAUGGCACUUGCAUCCACGGCAGCCGCCAGUGCAACCACCAGUACGACUGCAGGGACAUGAGUGAUGAAAUUGGCUGUGUCAAUGCGACCCACUGCGAGGGCCCGAGCAGGUUUAAGUGCCGCAGCGGGGAAUGUAUUAGCAUGGAGAAGGUGUGUGACAAGCAGCGUGAUUGCAGGGAUUGGUCAGAUGAGCCUCUUAGGGAAUGCGGCUCCAAUGAGUGCCUGUACAACAACGGCGGCUGCUCAUAUAUUUGCAAUGACCUUAAGAUCGGCUACGAGUGCCUGUGUCCCGCUGGAUACAGCCUGGUUGACAAAAAACACUGCGAAGAUAUCGAUGAGUGUGCCAACCCGGACACCUGCAGCCAGAUCUGCAUCAACCAGAUGGGCAGUUACAAGUGCCAGUGUGAGGAGGGUUACCAAGUGGACCCAGCGACCAAAGCCUGCAAGGCCAUCGGUACAAUAGCCUACCUUUUCUUCACCAACCGUCAUGAAGUCAGAAAGAUGACUUUGGACAAAAGUGAAUACACCAGAGUAAUCCCCCGUCUAAAGAAUGUUGUGGCUCUCGACAUGAACAUGGCCACCAAAGAGAUCUACUGGUCGGACAUCUCCCAAAAGAAGAUCUACAGAGCUCAGAUGGACUCGGCUGAAGACUCCACUCGUCACAGCACAGUCAUGGGUAGCGACAUUGAUGCUCCCGAAGGCAUCGCUUUUGACUGGAUCCACGGUAACCUGUACUGGACUGACAGCAUUCGCAGCACCAUCUCCGUGGUAACCGCUGAUGGAAGCCGUCGCAAAACUCUUUUCCAUGAUGAUUUAUCUAAACCCCGCGCUAUUGUGGUCGACCCCCACAGCAACUUCAUUUACUGGACUGACUGGGGGCAUCCUGCUAAGAUUGAGAAGGCAGGUCUUAACGGAGGAGACCGCACCGCUCUGGUCACUGACAGCAUUGUGUGGCCUAAUGGGAUUACACUUGACCUGUUGAACCAGCGGCUCUACUGGGUAGACUCUAAGCUGCACACCCUCUCCAGUAUCGACGUGCAGGGCGGUGGUCGACGCACCCUCAUCAUUGACGAACACAAGCUGGCUCACCCACUGGGGCUCACAGUGUUUGAGGAGAGAGUGUUCUGGACGGACGUCAGUAACAACGCCAUCCUCAGUGCAAACAGGCUGACGGGUGGAGACGUCACACCUGUCGCGGAGCACCUGUCAUCACCAGAAGACAUUAUUCUCUACCAUAACCUCAAACAACCUGCUGGGAGAGAUUGGUGCCAGAUCUCCAGCUGUGAAUUCUUGUGCCUGGCAGCUCCACAAGUGGGUAGACAUCCCCCCAAAUAUACCUGUGUCUGUCCAGAUAACAUGAUGCUAGCCAGGGAUAUGAGGACAUGUGUACCUGCUGUGCCAACGCCUGCAGGUCCUGUGCAGCCUCACGUUCCAGCUGUCAACCCAACCCGUAAUGUGCCAGAUUACACCACACCUAAACCCCAGGUCCACACCACACCUAAACCCCAGGUCCACACCACACCUAAACCCCAAAUCCACACCACACCUAAACCCCAAAUCCACACCACCGCAGUGCCUAUCGUAAUGACCAGCACUGCAGCCAAGCCCGUGCAAGGCACCACCAAGUUUCCUGUGAGGACCACCACACCUGAUCCAAGGAAACAGUCACCGCGGACAGUCAAGCCAAAACUUCCCCAGACCGCCACAGAGACCUCAGUCACCUCUCCAGAUUUUCGCCGUGGAUUUGCUGCAGCUAUACCCACCACUGCCUCCACCACCCCUAUAGCUCUGUAUAUUGCCUUACCUUUGGCCAUCGUUUGCCUGGUAGCUGCUGGUGGCGUGCUGCUCUGGAGGAACUACAGGCUGAAGAACACCAACACCAUUCACUUUGACAACCCUGUCUAUCAGAAAACCACUGAGGACCAAGUGCACAUUUGGAGGAGCCACAGUCCUGACGGUUACUCCUACCCAAAAAGACAAGUUGUGAGCUUGGAUGAAGAGGCGGACAAUCCAGCCUUCACAGAAAACUGAGAAAUGUCAGGCCGAGUGGAGAGAAGAGCCUCGAUCAUAAGCUACGUUAGACGUCUUUUUGUAUUUUUACCUCACACAGCACAAAGAUAUGGAAGUCAAAGCCAGUAUCAGACAAGCUUGAACCACUAUAUCCUCACAGACGGAGAAGUGCUCGAAGUGGAAA